UGGUGGGGGUUGAAUUUAGGGGAGAGGGUGCUCAGAAGGUCAAGGCCCUUAUCUCCAGGUAGGGUUCCCGUGAAUUGGGGAGCUGGUUGGAGACCUAGAACUCAGGUUACAAAAGUUAGGACUUGGAACCUGGUGAUGGGAAGGGGCACGUGAGGCAAGUUUGGGGCAACUGGGAGUCAAAACAGCCUGUGCCCCUGGGCUGGGGUUUGGGUAAGGGGAUGGAGGAGUGAGGACUGUGGGAAGGUGGGGUGGGGUCAAGAGCCUGUUGAAAUUCAGAGAGCUGUUGGCCCCCUAUGAGCCAGCCCCUCAACCCCUCAUGGGUUCUUUGUGCUUCUCCAGCUCAGUAGCACGGCGGGCAAGGCGGGUGCCAUGGCCCUGAUUGAAGGGGUGGGUGAUGAGGUGACUGUCCUUUUCGCGGUGCUUGCCUGCCUUCUGGUGCUGGCUCUGGCCUGGGUCUCAACACACACAUCGGAGAGCGCUGACCCGCUGCCCCAGCCAUCAGGGACCCCAACACCAGCACAGCCCAGUGAAGCCAUGGCGGUCACCGACAGCGUCACAGGGGAGGCCCCCGGAGCUGAGGCCCCCAGCCUGAGACACAGAGGUCAGGCUGCACACCCAGAGCUUGGCCCAGGGCUCCCAGCAACGCCACCACCCCCGGACUCCCCCCAGGAGCCUCUAGUGCUACGGCUGAAAUUCCUCAACGAUUCAGAGCAGGUCGCUAGGGCCUGGCCCCACGACACCAUUGGCUCCCUGAAAAGGACCCAGUUUCCCGGCCGGGAGCAGCAGGUACGGCUCAUCUACCAAGGACAACUGCUGGGAGACGACACCCAGACCCUGGGCAGCCUUCACCUCCCUCCCAACUGCGUUCUCCACUGCCACGUGUCCACGCGGGUCGGUCCCCCACAUCCCCCCUGCCCACCGGGGUCAGAGCCAGGCCCCUCCGGGCUGGAGAUAGGCAGCCUGCUGCUCCCGCUGCUGCUCCUGCUGCUGCUGCUGCUCUGGUACUGCCAGAUCCAGUACCGGCCGUUCUUCCCUCUGACUGCCACCCUGGGUCUGGCCGGCUUCACCCUGCUCCUCAGUCUCCUGGCUUUUGCCAUGUACCGCCCGUAGUGCCUCCACGGGCUCUGGGCAGCGUGGCCGGCCCUGCAGGACCUCGCUCCUCGCCACACCGAGGAAGCUGCUGUCUGCCCAGGCCCACCUCUGUGGCCUGCCUGUUCCAGCUGCCCUGGAGCCCAGCCCCGCGCAGCAGAGCUCUCCGGGGGCAGGUGGAGGCCCCUCCCUGUGACCUCCAUGGCUCUGAGCCACCUCUUGGGGCUGCAGGCCCUCAGCCGCCACUGACAGUGGGCUCCUCCGGGUCAGCCAGCUGCUGUCGCUGCAUUGGCGCUGGGCAGAGCGGGGCCACUCCCCUGGGCCCGGCUUAAUGUUCUGCCUGACGACCCAGCCACCUGGAGUCCCCUAAUUGCUGCUUGUGCUUAUUGGGGGACCCAAGGACCGUGGAAGGGUGGGAGGGGCCGAGGGAGUUCUCUGGCACUUUGUGCAGAUUAAAUAACUGUGACGUUUUCA